ACAAGCCCAGACACCAACAACUCCCACCUGGAGCUCACGUCCUCACCCUCCACCAUGAAGGUCUCCGCUGCCCUUCUGUGCCUGCUGCUCACUGUGGCCACCUUCAGCACCCAGGUGCUGGCUCAGCCAGUUGCCCUCAAUGUCCUGUCCAGCACUUGCUGUUUCACAUUUAACAAUAAGAAGAUCGCGUUGCAGAAGCUGAAGAGCUAUCGAAACACCAGCAGCCAGUGUACCCAGAAAGCUGUCAUCUUCAGAACCAAACUGGCCAAGAGCAUCUGUGCCAAUCCAAAGGAGAAGUGGGUCCAGAAUUACAUGAAACAUCUGGAUCAAAUAUCUCCCACCCCGAGGACUUGAACUCUUCCAGUCACACUAAGACCAAGCCAGAGUAUGA